AUGGAAAGAAAAGAAGCUAUAUUUUACAAUGGAGUUGAGGACCCUUAUGUCGUAAACUACAUAUGGCUAUACGAUAAGAAAGAUAAAAUAGAAGAAAAGAAACAGCAUAAGAACAUGAAUAUAAAUAAUAGUAGUACAUAUAUAUCUCAGAAAAAAAACGAUACAAGGAAUUAUUUUAAUAAUGAUCAAAGACAAAUAUAUAAUAUACAAAAUAAUGAAAAGAGGGAAGAUACUUUGUAG